CCGAACACACGGACGCAGGCUCUGCUCUCGCCACCGCCUCCCUCUCGCUCGCCCGUUCUCGUGUGGAAUUCGUUCGUUUUCCUUCGUAUUCUGUGAUUGCGAGAGGCCAUUUAGACAGUGCGGUGCUUGUUUGUGCUUGGUGACAGUCGCGGAGUGCCUGUGCUUGCUCGCUGGAGCUGUUGAUGCCGAGAUUGUAAGGACAUCAAGGCAAGCGAUUAAGAUAACAGCAUACAGUACGUGGAGGAGUUAAAAGACGCUGAAGAUGUUAUCUCGCGAACACUCACGCAUUUCAGCAACCGUCAUCCUCGUGCUUCUGGUGACAGCCUGCGGAUCGGAGCAGUCUGAGAGAAGCCGACGAAGCCCAAAGACCUCGCUGUCAAAUAAGUUUAUUGGCGUGACCAGUAAGUGUUCCCGCGGUACCCUAACCGUGGAUGUGAGGACACAAGAUCCCUUCUUUGGGUCUGUGUACGCCCGCGGUUACCCAGGGCGUUGCAAGGUGUCGGGUGAGGGCGGCUCCACCACGUCGCUCAUCGUCUCCGCCCAAAAGUGUGGCGUCAAGGUCAUUGAAGAUGAGCUCGGCGACCACACGUACGAGCUGCUCGUGUACAUCCAGUUCGACAAGUGGGUACAGCAGGUCAUCGACGAGCAGGUCCACGUACGAUGCAGGCUGGAACGAGAGGCAGGGGAGCUGAAGGCCGUGGCGCAGAUGAACGUCGUCAGCCAAGACCCCAAAAUGGACACAGAAGAAGACGACAAAAACAGCGACUCCGCAGCGGCCGUCAGCAGCAGAGGCAACAGCAGAAGUAACAGCAGGAGCAACAGCAGGAGUAGCAGCGGCAGCGACGAGAGGCCCAAGCUCCCCCAGCUCGUGACCCUGAGGAACAAAGUGUCUUCGAGGAGCAGAGCGCACGACGGACUGGCGGUGGAGUGGGACCCGUUGCCUCUCCCGGCCGAGCUCCUGCAGUUUCAGAAGGGCCGCCCCGAAGGCAACUCCGAACCGAUCUCCUGCUGGAUGGACAUCGUCAGGGGAGACUCACUCAAUGGAAAACCAGUCAUGGACCACUUACUUGUAGGCGACGACACCACAAUGGUACUAAAGAUACGCCAGAGCAAGGGCCUUGACACCCGAAUCACGUCAUGUGUCGCGCAUGACGGGUCGGGCGAACAGUCACAGGAACUCAUCGACGAACACGGGUGCUCUGUGGACGACGCCAUCAUGCCGCCGCUAAGGAUCAAGAGCAACCCUAAGACAGGGGUCAAAGUUGCACACUCGUCGUUCAAAGCCUUCAAGUUCCCGGAUCGUGACAACUUGCAUCUCCGUUGCACCGUGCUUGUGUGCCUCGGCUCUUGCAACCUGCCAGUGUGCGGCCGGACCUCGAACCGCGUGGGGCGUCGCAUGAGUGGCACGGGACAAGGCUCCAUACAGCCGGUGGAAGACCUGCAGGAACUCUUCUCGGAAUCCCCGCAGUACAAUAAUCUAAAAAAUCUACAGAAAUCUAACCCCGCCGCCCGCCCCCUUUCUCCCCCACUGCGCGGGGGGCGAGGCCCCAACGACCCCCGUCUGACCGGCCGCGUGCUGGACAAGGUGGAGGUGUUCAACGCCGUCGAGGUUCGAGCUCCGGGCAUCGAGAGCCAGCCGGACCUCGUGAAGCAGUACCGCAUCGACCGGGAGAAGGUGGAGGCCAUUGACUUCUUCAGCGAAGAGAACAUGUUCUGCGUGACGCCCUACAAGAUGGUCCUCGCCUUCGGGGUCCUGCUGGCGAUCAUGCUGCUGGCGCUCCUGUUCGCCCUCUACUCCUGCGUCAAGGCCAGGAUGCUCAAGGCUCCCAUAAGGGCGCCGCCUCCGAUCGAAUCCCAUAGACACUCGCCCGUAGCUGCUCCUUAUUACAGAUUCGCACACUGAAGGUUGUAGAUAGUGUGACAGGACGUAUUUUUUAUUAUUAUUAUUAUUGCUAUUGCCAUUAAUCUAUUAACCGUCAUUAUUGUUAUGAAAUACGAAAAAUCAGUUAUUGUAUUUUCGUUUUUCGUGUUUUCAUAAUAUAUACGAAAGUUUUGUGUACAUACGAACUUAAGAGUACCCAUGAGUAAAGCCUCUCUGUUGAGUCAAUAAGGAUUUGUAUGCACUGUUGUCCAAGACGAUGGUAAAUUCUAUUUUUUUUUUUUUUUUUUUUUUUUUCGCUUUAAGGAAGUGUUGAAUAUCUGUUGAUAUCCAUUUCACUUUUAUAAGUAGCUGUUAGGAAAGUUGUAGUUUUAGUGUUGACUGUAUCAUAACGAGAAUACUGUUACUCUGACGGGCAUUAAUAUUCCAAUGAGUAUAGUGGUUUAAUUCAAACGGUUAAUACUCAUUUUGUCAACAGAAAGACUAAGGAAAGGUGAGGGCGUUGAUGUGUUGCAGAACAGUGCAACAGCAAGAUAAAACUUGUUGCUUGUAUCAUUUAAUGUUUUGUAAUUUGCAUAUUUUCCUCCAUAAGUGAUUAAAUGUGUUUCCUUAUAAGGUAAUUGAGAGCAUAUAUAUAUUUUCCAUCUCUCAAUUUAUUCAUAUAAAUCUCUUUGUCUUUCUAUCAAUCCCUCUCUCUCUCUCUAUCUAUCUAUCUAUCUAUCUAUCUAUCUAUCUAUCUAUCUAUCUAUC